AUGUCACUUGAUUUAGGAAUCGGUCAGGUCAUAACCUUGACGCAGUUAUCUUGGGACACUCUUCAAAACUCAAUAAAGGCAGGCGAUGCCUAUUCACAUCUUACCAAAGAAUUAGGAAAUCUAUACACUGUAUUGGAAAGCUUACAAGAUCGUGCCGACUACCGAGCAUCACUUUUAAAUCAAGAGAACGAUGGAGUGUUAGUACGACUACAUGGUGUCCUCGACGAAUGUUAUGAUAUGCUCGAAGAUGUCGAUAGGUCUUUAUCCAAGUAUAAUGGCUUGUCCGAGGAUAGGAACAGAGUUAAGAGGCUGGGGCUGAAGAUCAUGUUUGGCAACACUACAAUGAAAGAUAUGCCAGAAAUCAGGCAAAGGGUAGCAUCGUAUGCAUCAAGCAUUCAACUGUAUCUUAGUAUGCUACUGGUGAACUCGCUAGGAAAGGUUGAAGAAAGUACGAGAAAUCAUAUUCUGGAGACGAAAGGGCUCCGAAAGGAGUUCCGCUCGUUUGCGGAUUCACAGAGGCAGAAUAGAGUUAGGGAAGAAUCGAACAGAUUCAGAGAUGAUGUAACAGUGCUCACGACUCAUCCUAAUGAUGACAAGGCUGUUUGGAGAGAUUUUCGAAGGAAAGCAAUCAAGAAUGGCUACUCGAGUGCUUUUCUGGAUGAACAUAUGCCAGAUCUCCUCGAGUAUAUGGAGAAAUAUGGCCAGGAAGGUGCAUCAGGUACUCCAAAACUCCAGAAUGAUAAAACCCAGGGACGACAGCGAUUGGCCCUUCCUUCAACAGGCCAAAUGCACAGGACCACGAGCACACCAAGAUUCCCCAACUAUGGCUACGAUGCUGAUUUAGAAAGCUGCGCGCCUCAUCCCAGAAGACCCAAAUCCUCCAGAGAGCUGAAAAAUAUGGCUGAUGAUGAGAUGAAGUCUGCCACGCGCUUUGGUAAUUCCCGUAGAAACGAAUCACCACCAAAGGAAGCAAACUUUGGAGAUGUCAAUGACUGGCUUUUCGAGUGUCAACGAGCGACAGGACGUAACUCCUCAAAUAAAACACCAGAUAACUUCGCAUACAAACCAAAUACUUCCAAGACUUCGAAAGAGCAGGAAAGAACCUAUAUCUUGGCAAAAGAAAGGCACAGAGAACCCCCAAUUCCUGAGUAUGACGAGGAUGACGAGGCUGAAGAGUACGACAAGGAAGAGUAUCCUCGGACAGACUUACCCAAACGGAGGGAAACCAAGGGUGCUAUACUCAGCACAAAAGAGAAACAAACAAAUUCCCCACUACCCGAGUACGACGAGGCCGAUGAGUACGAUAAGCACCAAUCUCACAAAACGGAUAGAUCCAAACGAAGGAGAGCCAACGCCAAGAAGCCCCACCUACCUCAGCGAGCAAGAGAAGUCACAUAUCCCACAACUCGAACUUCCGGCCGAGGAAAUCAUUCCGACUCUGUCCAUGAUCAAAACUACACUCUUCAGUCUGAAAGCCCACGUCUGAAUAACAAGCGUAGUGAUCCUCGCUUCACAUUUGGUAACAGCACUCAUAGCAGGCCCAGAAGUCAAAGAUUGAGAGAUGAUCAGAGUAUGUACUCUGAGAAUUCAGAUCAGUUUUCAUUAUCUGAAGAAUCAAGUGAUGAGACCUCGGUGUACGACUCAGAAGAAGAACAAGAGCAUGUCAAAGCUUUAAAGCCGUUGAAAUUCAAUCAAUUUUCACCACCUGAAGAAUAUGGUGAUGUGAUAUCAUUAUACGACUCGGAUGAGGAGCGCGAGCGUGCCAAAGCUUCGAGGCUCAUGAUGAAACAGCACACCAAAUCUAUAUUUGGCAUUUUUAAGCCUAGAAGAAACCCUCAUAAUUCCUACAACAUUUGA